UAUAGCCUCUCCAUCUGUUAUAUUUUGCUUUCAUCUCUGGGUUCCUCACUUACGCGUCGUCCCUUCAUUAUAUUCUCUAAUGCAUUGCUUCACGAUUAAAAGGAAACCAAAGCUUUGAUUUUUAUGAAUAUUCAAGGCUAUAUGGUUAGCAAAGGAAUGUCAUCAAGCUCUUGUCUUAAGCAAGGGCCAGUGCCAAUGGACAAUGUUCACAUAACACCCGAAGCAACAUAUGAAGCUGUGGUUGCAGACCCGAAGCUGUUCAUGGGUUCAUUGGAGAGGCUACACUCUCAAGUGGGUACUAAAUUCAUGGUUCCGAUUAUAGGAGGGAAAGAUUUGGACUUGCACAAGCUUUUCAUUGAGGUAACCUCUCGUGGUGGAAUCAAUAAGAUACUUCAUGAAAGGAGAUGGAAAGAAGUAACAGCUACAUUUGCCUUUCCUCCAACAGCAACAAACGCAUCUUUUGUCCUGCGCAAAUACUACUUCUCACUCCUUAGCAACUAUGAGCAGGUCUAUUUCUUCAGAUCCAAUGACAAGAUUCCUCCAGACCCUCUCCAGAACCCAUCUUCUGACGUGGCACUUAUGCAGAGAACCAUUAGACCUCCACAAGAACUUCAAGCUUUAACUAAUGCACCACAACCAAGGAUCGAUUCUGGAGGAUCUUUUGAUGGUCCAAAUGUGACUGGAGUGAUCGAUGGGAAAUUCGAAGACGGUUACCUUGUAACUGUAACAAUGGGAACAAAGCAGCUUAGGGGAGUUCUCUACGAACUUCUUCCACAAGACACAGUUUCUGCUCAUCAAACUCCACAGCAGAGUCAUUGUAGCUUCCCCAACACUUGGAACAGUAAUGUCAACCCUCAGGGGGUUACUACAAAACGUCGCAGGAGAAGAAAGAAGUCAGAGAUCAAAAGACGUGAUCCUGCUCAUCCCAAACCCAACAGAAGCGGUUACAACUUCUUUUUCUCCGAGCAGCACGCCAGGCUGAAACCUCUUAACCCUGGUAAGGAUAGGGAGAUCAGCAGGAUGAUUGGUGAGCUCUGGAACAAGCUUAAUGAACAAGAGAGAGUGGUUUACCAAGGGAAGGCGAUGGAGGACAAAGAGAGAUAUCGAGUUGAAAUGGAAGAGUACAGAGAGAAGCUUAGGACAGGACAGCUGAUGAUAAGUAACGCUGUUCCACUGCAGCAGAGGGUUCCAGAGAAGAACGUGGACAUGGUGGCCGCUGAAGCUGAUCUUCCAAUAGAAGAAGAGGACGAAGAAGGUGAUUCAAGCGGUUCUUCAGGAGAAAGCGAGACACAUGAUGAUCCUGAACUGGAGGAGACAUCUCUGAAUCCUUUAGGUCUAAACCUUAACCCUAAUACGACUGGGAUAGUGGUGGGCGAUGUUGUGAUGGAAACAUGUCCAACUAAGAAACCUGAGGAGCCGAGUGUGGUGGUGGCUGCUGAGCAGAAGUGAAGAUUCUUCUCUUAUUUCGUUUUCUGGUUGCUAUUUUUUUUCGUAUUACACAGCCACAAGGAGGUUAGGGCUUUUAUGUUACUUGUGAUAUAAGACAAUCUCUUUUAGGUUUGGUAGUGAUGUUUUCUUGUCUUUUUAUUUUAUUUAGUUAUCUCUGCAACAAGACAUGUUUAGGAGUGAAUCUUUUUA